AUGGAUGCUUUGCUGUUUGUGUUGAUCCUCGAAGUGGUUCUUCUUCAAAUGCGGAUUUUAGAGAGAAGCGCUACUCUGAGCGCUCGCCAGAAUUCUUCCUUUGAGACCGUGAAUAAACAUCAACGUAACAAGCUUAUAAGGGAUCGAUUGAUUGACAAUACUAAGCAAGAAUUGUUAACAAAACGAUAUCAUAGGAGCGUACAAUUGCGAUACUGCAAUGAAAAGAUUGCUUCGCUGAAAGACGAGAUUAGAGAUUCCCAGAUAAACGCAAAAGCGCAACUUCGCUAUGUGGACAAGUGGAUUUGCGCAUCUGCUAACGCUCUAGAACUUCGUCAUCAAAUAAAACCAGCCUCGUUACCGAGUCAAGAUCACGAACAACGCGUCCACGGCGAAAUAGUGCGAGCUUACGAGCUACAAGUAAAGGAACGUGAAGAAAUGCUGCGGUACUGGAAAUUGAGGUACACGGAAGAUACGAAAAAUAUUACCGAGCAAGUGGUACAACAACGCGAAAGGUUAAAGGCUACAAUCGCUCGUCGAGUAGAAUUGCAAAAAUUGUACGAUUACCAUGCAGGCGAAAUGCGGGCUUGGUUAACCUUCAAAAAGGAACGAGCUGCUCGGUUGGCCCGCGAGCAACGUUCUCGGCUGGCUGCUACCAGGAUCCAAGCUUGGUGGCGAGGCUUGAUGGUGCGCCGGGCGCUGGGCGCUUUCAAGCAUCUGCGCAACACAAAGAAACCCGUCAACAAAAUUAAGAAAAAA